CUUUCGGGCUGGGUGCAGCCGACAGCGACUGCAACCCCUCCGUACCCGGCAGGGAGUUACAGAAGCAGUCGCAGAAGUGCCGUGAGAAUCCUUUCUCUCUCUCUCUCUCUCUCUCUUUUUUUCCAGCGCAGGGGCUCCUCCGCUUCCGGGAUCCACUUCAGGAUCUGGGAUCAUCGAGGGAAAUCCGCUCCGGCUCUGGACUGCCGCUCCCCACGCAAGGAAAAGUUUGCAAAGCAGGUCUGGGAUCCAGGACAGGAGUGCAGCAGCAGGAGCGCAAAGGCAGGAUGAGGCCGACCUGGCUGCUGCUGCUGGCUUGGCCACUGUGCCUGGCGCAGAGUCCCCCGCCACCAGAUCACUACGUCCUGCACAUGGAGACGGACUGCGUCCUGGGUGCAAACAGCCAGCUGCUCUGGGCCAACUGGACUCUGUCCUUCAACAAGAUCCCCUUCGUCUGCUAUGACAACGAGGACCAGGUGUUCCUGCCGUGUGACCUGGGCGCUUUCUACCCCUGGAACUACACUGCAGUCCGCAUCUCUGAACUCCUGAGCCAAAGUGCCCCUCACCAGCGAGACAUGAUGCGGACGGCUUGCCAGCAGCAGAGCCAGCCCCUGUGGAAGCAGACCGGUGCCAGGCUGACACCCCCAAAGAUCCGCAUUUACCCCGUCACCCCGCAGAACACCCCAGAACCCAUGAUGCUGGCCUGUAACGUGUGGGGGUUCUAUCCCAAAGAGGUGGCCAUUUCCUGGCUGAAGAAUGGGGUCCCCGUGAAGGAUGGGUCAGGCACCCCAGUGCACUUCAGCAAUGGCGACUGGACGUACCAGGCACGGGUCACCUUGCCUGUCAACCCCCAUGUUGGAGAUACCUACACCUGCCAAGUGACUCACGCAAGCCUUCCUGAGCCCAUGACCAAGAACUGGGAGCCCGGUGUGCCUAUGGAGCUCAGACUGAGAGUUGGCGUUGCACUGGCAGUGCUGCUCUUGGGCGUUGCUUUCCUCAUAGCUGGAAUCAUCUGUUGGAGGAAGCGGAUCCCAGAAGGUUAUGUUCCCAUUGAUGGCGACACAUAUGCCAAUGACUGAAUCCUCCCAUCAGCGCCAUGAAGACUGGAGGAGAAGCAACUUGACUGUCCCUCUCGGGUCACCACUGCCCCCACCAUUAUUGGCUGACCCCGCCCCUCACUCCUCCCAGCCCGGGAUCGUUCUCUGGCUUUGCACCAAAAGAAUAUGAAUAUGACAAAUAUUUAUAUACUGCUUUUCAACAAAAGUUCCCAAAGCAGUUUCCAUAGAUAUAAAUAAGUUGAUAAAAUGGCUCCCUCUCCCUAAAGGGCUCACAAAUCUAAAAAAGAAAUGUAAGAUAGACCCCAGCAACAGCCACUGGAAGGAUGCUGUGCUUGGGAUGGACAGGGCCAGUUGCUCUCCCCCUGCUCCAUAAAGAGAAGCACCACUUUUAAAAGGCGCCUCUUUGCCCAGUUAGCAGGGGACUAAACAUAGACAUGUGAGGGCAGGAGCACCGUUUGGUUGCAGAUUCAUAUCACAGGAGGAAGGCACAGCCAACUUGCCUUCCCCAUGGAACAUGGGCAGAACUCAGGGUUUCCAACUCGCCUGACAAAAUCUGCCCUGUCUUGCUCUUAUGCCUUUCACAGGGGUUUGCGAUGCAAAAAUCUCUUGGGAUCCAUGACCACUCCUCAUAAAUGUCAAAUAUUUCUACAAAGAUUAUGCAUCAUUUACUCAGGCAAGCAGGAAGUAAUCCACCUGGCACCUUGAAUCUAGGUCCAGAUAUGGAUCUUCAGGGCAAUGGGUCUGGUCUUUUUCCGAGUGGGGAUGGAUUUCCACAAGGGGUGCUGCUUUAAAAGCUAAUCCCGAGUUCAAAUCCCCAUUCAGCCAUGAUACUUGCUGGGUGACUCUGGGCCAGUCACUUCUCUCUCAGCCUAACCUACUUCACAGGGUUGUUGUGAGGAGAAACUUAAGUAUGUAGUACAUCGCUCUGGGCUUCUUGGAGGAAGAGCAGGAUAUAAAUGUAAGUAAGUAGAUAGAUAGACAGAUAGAUAGAUACUGAACUUCUGCAUGUCAUUGCAAAGGAUUCUGUUUAAAAGACAGGAUCAGGGCUGUUUGAACCCAAGUUGAUUGGACCAGCGUGUAGUCGUUAGGAAGAGGGGUGGAGAAUUAUAGAAACGAUGUCCAUGACAGAAUGUCAAGAUGUCUUUGGUUUUGGAAAGAGAGAGCUCCCAGGAUGGGAAGUAGCUUCCUUUGUUUUAUUUCUUAAACUCGGUGGUGAAGGGAUGCAGCCCCAGAGCAGCUGGUGGCUGUUAUUCUUACCUUAUUCUUCGGAAUGUAGGAUUUGGCUCUCCGAUUCUGUGUUUUAAUGAUAGGGGCUGAGCCCUGGAACUGGUGAAGCAAGAAUAUAGCAAGGCCUCUGAGCAUGUGCAAAAUACCUUCCCCUUGCACUAAGGAACCAUCGCUUGCCCUCAUACAGUUUAGAUUGCAGGGGAAGGGAUGGCAAUUGACGUCCAGCCUGAGCAGUGGGUUAUCUUCUGGGCAGGAUUAAACCCCAGAGCCCAUUUUCUCAUCCCCCACCCCCACCCCAUGCAGUGUUAAUGCCCCUUAGAGAAGAAUUCCAUAACAAGCUUGGGUCCUCGCCCCAGAGGUUAUUGGUCUAUGGCUCCCAUCAUCCCCAGCCACAAUGGCUGAAAGCUGGGAAUGAUGGGAGUUGUAGUCCAGCAACAUCUGGGGGCCCGAAUUUGAGAACCCCCUCCUUAUAUGUCUCCCUGUCCCACCCAACAGAAAAUUUUGCAUGGGAUAUUGGUCUGCCUGUGUGCCUGUCCAUCCUUCAGUUCUGAGUAUUUCAAGCAACUUCGAGCUCCCUCCAUGAUUUAAAUAUAACUGCUUAUCUGGCUUGGUUGUCACUUUGAGAUGUAAAUCUGUUUCUUGAACUUAUCACUUCAACCUGCGCUGAGGGGGCUCACGUGAUGGAGAAUUCCUCCCUGCAAAAGAAAAUCCCUUCUGCAUGCAGGGGAUUGUACAGGGGAGCAUCCCAGCACGUGAUUCCCAAGAUGCAUCUGAAUUGGUACAACUCAGGCACAGGUUGGGCACCUCAAUGAGGACAAGAUGAAUAGAACAACAGAUGGAAUCCUGGACCACAGCCUGUAAGUGGAAGAGAUUCAACUGGUGCAGGGAGAGGCUUCACCAGUUGAGAUUCCUGUCUAUUGUGCAGCUGUCAAAGGCAGCCUUAAAUAAUAUAAUAAACCCACUUCACAGGGUUGUGAGGCUAAAUAGGAUGAUAAAAGCGAUGAAGAUGACGGAUCUAAGAUGAAACCAUGGACCUGGAUGAUGCCCGCAGAGGCAGGGGUGCAAUGCUGUAGGUUUAAAAUGGAAGAGAACUUUUUAUUUUAUUUGUAUUAUUAUUGUUUUUACAUUUUUAUCCUCCUCCUCCUCCAAGGAGCCCAGAGCAGUGUACAUGGUUAUGUUUAUCCUCCUAAUGGUGAAGUAGGUUAGGUUGAGAGAUACGUGACUGGUCCAGAGUCAUCCAAUGAGUUUCAUGGCUGAAUGAGGAUUUGAACUCGGGUUUCCCCGGUUCUAGUCCAUCACUCUUAUCCACUACUCCAGAUUUUAAAAAGGUGAAAUGUGUCAAAGUGAGAAAUGAGAGAUAUUACGGUCAGGCGGCAAAGAUCUUGUUUUCAUUGAUUCCCUGUUCAUACUGGCAGAUGCUGAAUAAAUAAAAUUGUUUUGGAAAAUAAAA